AUGGGACCUCGCAUGUCGAUGUUUGCGUUACUGGUGCUGCUGCUGGUGGCGGCUGGUGACGCUCACCACAAGCCAAGCCACGCCACGAGGCACGGCGGUCGAGUCAGAGCGGCCCACAGGGCCGGCAAGGCAUCCCCAGUGGCGAGGAGCAAGGGCGCUUCCGAGGAGCCGCUGCUGGUCACCAUCAAGGCCGCCAAAGAGCUCGAAUUCGACUUCGGAGACGAUGGGACGUUGGAAAAGGAACUGAGGGCCACCGGGCGCUACGACCCUAAACAGGUUUUGGGAUACGACGUGGACGAGUGCCCAGAGUAUACCUUGACGGCGUACAGCUCUGACACCAGAGGCAACGUACUGUCGGUGACGGACCUCACCACCAGAGCCUCCAAACACCUGCAGAGCCAGUACUUCCACCCCAAGCCCAGCUACCUCUUCACUAAGGCGGGAGGUCCAUCCUACAACCUGCCAGACGGCCUCAAAGGAGUGACGGCCGAGGAGAGAUGCAACGGGAGACUCUACUUCCAGGCGUUCGCCAGCAACAUCCAGGGUUUUGCUAAUAAGCAGGUCGUCCUGGAUGCAAAAGAUGGGGAUGUUUUGGAUAUCAAGAUGCAGGGUGAUCUACCUGGAGAAUUGCCUGGGCAGAGUGGAGUAAUGGCAGUGGAUCCGAAGGGGCAGUUGCUUAUCUUCCCCGUGUUAGAUGAAAUGGCCAUCUACUGCUGGAAUACAAGCAAGCCUCAAGACCCAAAGAACUUCCGCGUGAUAUUUCAAAACGAUGAACGUCUACACAACUUCAACUGCAAAUAA